AUGCGGGCACACUUGACAGAUGUCGUAGCAGAGAAAACAGUGCUACUGGAGAAGUGUCGGAAGGAGUGCACGGACCUGAAAAUCUCACACCAAGACAAUCAGCUUUUGCCAGCAGCCCUGCCUUAUCUGGUUCCGAUGGAAAAUCUGGCACACCUACUGAUUCAGGAGACAGUGAAAUGUCGCUGCAGCAAGUGCCCAAUUGACCUGCAACGCGGCCAGUUGAAGUUCGUUCCCUGUUAUCCAACUCCUCCCGAGGAGCCCGAUUCUCCGUUUUCGUCUUGGUUGCCAAAGGAUCGAAAGAAGGAUUGCUCUCCUCCGGUGUCUUUUUUCAACCCUAUCUCUGCUCGAAGCGACAAGCGCAUGCAUCCGUUUGCCGCACGAAGAAAUCUCUGCCCCAUUAAGGACCUGUCAUCACUGACUAGAUUUUAUUGA